AUGAAUUUUCAACUGAAAAAUGGUAAGGGUAUUAAAUUCUGGUAUGAAAAAUGGUUGGUGAAUGGGUGUCUUAAAGAUCUUUUUCCAGUUAUAUUCAAAGCUUUUCAUAAUAAACAAGCAACUGUGGCUGAUAUGAUUCAUGAAAGCAACUGGAUUGGUGUGUUCAAACAUAGUGUAAAUGCUAAUGAACAGUUGGAGUGGGAUCUUUUAAGAAGAGAUUUUGGAAUUGUUCCUUUGCUGACCGAAGGUGAUGAUGAAAUUAAAAUUUUCGGAGACAACUUCUCAACUAAGGUGUGUUAUGAAGCUAUGGCAGGCACUAUGGAAGUUUGCUCGUUCAGUAAGCACCUAUGGAAGAAAACAAUUCCUGCUAAA